CCAUCGAUCGGGUGGAUCGGAAACCAGCUGACGCUGAGUCGUCUUUCUCGGCAGCAGGACCCGCCGCCGCCUCCUCUCCAUCUCUCUCUCUCUCUCUCUCGCCAUAUCGAUUCCAUUGGGGACGCAAGCACCGCCCCAGACCCAGAGCUUCUCUUCUCAAAAGGUGCGCGUACGACGUAAUGCAGGAGCAGGACGUGGACGAUGGCGGCGGCAGGACGACCCAGCAGCAGGAGAAGUCGAUCGACGACUGGCUCCCUAUCAACUCCUCCAGGAAGGCCAAGUGGUGGUACUCCGCCUUCCACAAUGUCACCGCCAUGGUCGGCGCCGGCGUGCUCGGCCUCCCCUACGCCAUGUCCGAGCUUGGCUGGGGCCCUGGCAUCGCGGUGAUGAUCCUGUCGUGGAUAAUCACCCUAUACACGCUAUGGCAGAUGGUGGAGAUGCACGAGAUGGUGCCUGGGAAGCGGUUCGACCGGUACCACGAGCUCGGGCAGCACGUCUUCGGCGACAGGCUGGGCCUCUGGAUCGUGGUGGCGCAGCAGCUGGCAGUAGAGGUGAGCCUGAACAUCAUCUACAUGGUCACCGGCGGCCAGUCCCUCAAGAAGUUCCACGACGUCAUCUGCGACGGCGGCAGGUGCGGCGGCGACUUGAAGCUCUCCUACUUCAUCAUGAUCUUCGCCUCCGUCCACCUGGUCCUCUCCCAGCUCCCCAACUUCAACUCCAUCUCCGCCGUGUCGCUCGCCGCCGCCGUCAUGUCGCUCAGUUACUCCACCAUUGCGUGGGGCGCGUCGCUGCACAGAGGGAGGAGAGAGGACGUGGACUACCACCUGCGCGCCACGACCACCCCAGGGAAGGUGUUCGGCUUCCUGGGAGGCCUAGGGGACGUGGCGUUCGCCUACUCGGGGCACAACGUGGUGCUGGAGAUCCAGGCCACCAUCCCGUCCACGCCGGACAAGCCGUCCAAGAAGGCCAUGUGGAAGGGCGCCUUUGUCGCCUACGUCGUCGUCGCCAUCUGCUACUUCCCCGUCACGUUCGUCGGGUACUGGGCCUUCGGCAGCGGCGUCGACGAGAACAUCCUCAUCACGCUCUCCAAGCCCAAGUGGCUCAUUGCCCUCGCCAACAUGAUGGUCGUCGUCCAUGUCAUUGGCAGUUACCAGGUUUAUGCCAUGCCGGUGUUUGACAUGAUAGAGACGGUGCUGGUCAAGAAAAUGAGGUUCGCUCCGAGCCUCACGCUCCGUCUUAUUGCCCGGAGCGUCUAUGUUGCGUUCACAAUGUUUCUAGGCAUCACUUUCCCCUUCUUCGGUGGAUUGCUCAGUUUCUUCGGCGGAUUAGCCUUCGCACCGACAACUUAUUUUCUUCCCUGCAUCAUGUGGCUCAAGGUUUACAAGCCCAAACGGUUCGGCCUUUCAUGGUUCAUCAACUGGAUCUGCAUCGUUAUUGGAGUGCUGCUGUUGAUUCUGGGUCCGAUAGGAGGGCUCCGGCAGAUCAUUUUGUCAGCCACCACAUACAAAUUCUACCAGUAAAAUCGAUCAACUGGAGUCGUAUGGCGUGGCUGUUUUGUUAGCAUUACAUUUCUUAGGGUGGAUUGGCUUUUAAUGUACACGAGCGAGUGAGAUUGAUGCUAGUAGCUCCUAGGAGUAUAUAUAUUUCUAUCAUCCACAGAGCUUAAUGUAUCUUGUAGUUGGGACAUUAAAAGAGCAAGUAGGCUUUACUCGGUGAUCUUUCGUUUCACAACGUUGUUUAGCACUCUUUAUUGUUUUGUGUGGCUCGCGCGGGACCAACACUAUUAGGGUCGUUCGUUACUUCAGGAACGGAGGCAUGAAUUGAUUACUAA